AACUAUAAAGCAACCUGACAAGCCAAGAGGGAGAAGCAGACGAGUCUGAACCAUGAGAGGAAACCUCAGCGCUUCGACCGUCAGCAUGGCUUUCACCGACUGCAUCAAACCCACCGAUCUGCUGUUGGAGAAAAGGGCGAUGACGAAGAAAAAUUGGAGGAACAGAAUUAGAGUUUUGUUGAAGACAAACCCGUCUCAGACGACACCCAAAAACCCCACAUCAUGCAGGCCAACUGUUGAUGACGUGAACCAAUGGGCGCAGUCGCUGGACAAGCUACUCAGUCAUAAAUAUGGGAAAACUGCCUUUUGUGUCUUUCUGAAGUCGGAGUUCUGUGAAGAGAACAUCGAGUUUUGGACGGCGUGCGAGGACUUCAAGAAACUCACGUCACGUAGAGCUCUGGUGUCCAAGGCCAACAGCAUCUACAAGGAGUUCAUCCAAAGUGAAGCUCCCAAAGAGAUUAACUUGGAUUUCCAAACCAAAAAUGCGAUUGUCCAGAGUCUCAAGGAUCCCACUUCAACUAGCUUCCAAGCAGCUCAGAAGAGGGUCUACAACCUGAUGGAGAACAACUCCUACCCCAGGUUUAUCAGCUCGGACCUGUACAGUGAACUGUGUGCAGUUGCCAGGGGAGAGAGCAAGCUCAUAAAACCCUAGGCAAAAUAAAACCCACGCUCCAGGUCGUUUGUUUACAGCUGCAACGGCGAGUCGAGAGGGGGUGAUGUUCAUCUCAGGGUCUGGUGCAAAUGAUAGGCCUGAAUGCAAAUUCUGGUCAUGAACAGUGGCGGCCAGUGUGGAAAAUUCAAAGUGGUGCCGCCGUUCCGUCCUGCUGAGUGACUUUUUAAAGGAAGCUGGAUGGAUUGGGCAGGAUGUUGUGUGAUGCUGCAGGAAGUGUGUGGAGCACGAUGAGAUUAAGGUGACAUUGCGAGGUCAUUACACAACUUUUAGUGUCAACGUUUGAAUUUCAAGCAGCUUUAUGACUUUUUAUGCAAUUUUGAGCCUCCAAGAAAACAUUGUUGGUGCACUGCUGCACAGGAGCCCAAGAUGAUAAAACAUGAAGCUCGUAAAAACAUAAAAUCAUCAUGAAACAGCAGCGCCGUGAGGUUUCGCGUGGUAACAGGAAACACUUUCUGCACAGGAGUCACGCACGCUCCUGUGAAACGGUGGCUUUAGGUUUUAUUUAUUCACUGCUGCGUUUGCGCCAGUUUAUGCAAAAAUGCUACUUCAGUUUGCACGACGAUGUCAACAUUUUCCACAGAUGUGGAACACCUGUGAGGAUGUAAAUAUUUUGAUACUUUGAAUGUUGAGUGUUCAAGCUUUGGGCAGCUGGUCUGCUUGUGAAAUAAAAGUUAUUUCUAAACUUC